UUUCAUGUUUAGGUCAUUGCCAUUUUUAUAUAUACGUACACCAAUAAAGAGAGUACUAAUAUAUUCUUCUUGAGGCAUCCUUUAGUUUCACUUGCAAGCUUAGCUAUUCAAUUUUCUGUACACCAACGCAAUGGGGAGCCUUGGUCUUAAACCUAUUGACACUAAGACCAAAAUGGGCGUGAUAGAGCCAGAAUAUGAGCCAGCAAGUCCAGCUACACGAUUGUUCCAUACUGAAUCCCUCAAUUGCAACAUUAUUGCCAUCUUAGGUUGCACUACCAAAAUCAACUGCGAUGUCAUCAAGAAAGGCCUCGAGUCCACUCUUCUCAAUCAUCCUCGCUUCUCCAGUAUAUUGGUGGUGGAUGAAAAGAAUGGUAAAAGGAAGUGGGUGAAAACGAGGGUAAAUGUGGAUGAUCAUAUAGUGUGUCCGGAUUUGGACCCGGACAUGGAUUCACCAGAUGAAUUCCUGGAGAACUACUCGUCGAAUCUAACAACAAUACCUUUGGACAUGACAAAGCCACUUUGGGAGGUUCAUAUUUUGAACAUCAAAACUUCCGAAGCAAAUGGAAUUGGGAUUCUUAAAUUGCACCAUUCUGUUGGUGAUGGCGUGUCAAUUAUGUCUUUGAUUUUGGCGUGCACUCGAAAGGCUUCGGAUCCACAAGCAUUGCCUACUAUACCUUCAAUUGCCAAGAAGGAAAAAAAUAAGUCUGGAUUUUUUAGGAGGUUUUGUUACUAUGUUUGGUUUUUGUGUAUGUUGUUUUGGAAUACGAUUGUGGAUGCUAUUUUGUUUUUGGCAACUAUUUGGUUUCUAAAGGACACGGAGACACCAAUGAAAGGAGGAGAUGGGGUUAUGCAUAGUCGUAAGAGACUCGUGCAUAGGACUAUCAGCCUUGACGACAUAAAAAUAGUCAAGAAGGCCUUGAACUUGACGAUUAAUGAUGUAAUGAUGGGCAUGGCACAAGCUGGUUUCUCACGCUAUCUCAAUAGAAGAUACGGUAAGAAGAAUGGGAGUGGAAGCAGCAAGACAAAUAAUCUUCCCAAAAACAUUCGUCUCAGAGGAUCUAUUGUUUUUAACAUCAGACCUUCUACUGGACUUAAAGUUCUAGCAGAGAUGAUGGAGAAAAAAUCAAUGGCAAAAUGGGGCAAUGAAAUUGGAUACGUGUUGACCCGAUUUCCCAUUAGGUUAUUGGAUAACCCGUUGGAUUAUAUCCGACAAGCAAAAACAAAUAUUGACAAAAAGAAGGUCUCUCUUGAAUCCAGAUUCACUUUUCGUGCUGCUAAGCUAUUGCAAGAAAUAAUUGGAACCGAUAUGGCGGCAAAGCUGACAAGCAGAGUUCUAUAUCACACCACAUUGUUGAUAUCAAACAUGGUUGGCCCUCAAGAAGAGAUCACAUUUUUUGGGCAUAAAUUAGUUUUUUGUGCUCCUACAGUUUUUGGAGUCCCUCAGGCGGUAACAGUACAUUUCCAGAGUUAUUGUAAUAAAAUGACAAUAUCAUUGGCAGUGGAUCCACAAGUAAUUCCAGAUCCAUACCAGCUGUGUGAUGACCUACAGGACUCUCUUCAAAUGUUUAAAGAGGCUGUCACUAAACAAGACACCAAAAGGAAAUAAAUAAUGCUAGUACUACUCUAGUACUAAAACUUAAUAUUGCUGGAGUUAUUUCUUUAUUUGCCAUUACUCGUGUGCUUUAAUUAUGCAAAUAAAGCACUCUUCUUGAUUUAUUACUUCUUAUGUCUUAUUAGCCUAAUACAUAUGUAGUUUUUGAUUUUUGUUACGUCGUAUUACCUAUUCAUAUGUACCUAUU